GAGACGUCACAUUCCUGCAUUCUCUUUGCCUGUGUCAGAGCCGGGUUUUUCUCCUCCUGUGCACUGGGCAGUCAGACCUUCCUCAUCAAGGCAGGACUCAUGAACCUCAAGGCAGGAAUCUGACAUCCAGACCCCCUUCCCCCAGCCAGGCCACCCUCUGCCCUAGCCUUGGACGGCCAGCAAGCUCCAUCCAGCCCUUCUUCAUCCUGGGUUAACCUGCAAGCACCCCGAACUGCCCCCUCCAUUCUCAGUUCCUUACCUGGAGUGAUGGAAAACUCCUCUGUGGCAUCUGCCUCCUCUGAGGCAGGGAGUAGCCGAUCUCAGGAAAUCGAAGAGCUGGAGAGGUUCAUUGACAGCUACGUCCUUGAGUACCAAGUCCAAGGUUUGCUGACCGACAAAACGGAAGGGGACGGGGAGAGUGAGAAAACGCAGUCCAACAUCUCGCAGUGGACAGCGGAUUGUAGUGAGCAGCUGGAUGACAGCUGUUCCUCAUCGAGAGGGAAGGGCUUACCGUCUCACGAACACAAUCAGGAAGAGUGGGAUCACAGCAGCAGUGGGAGUUCAGGAUCCCGGCCUAGUUCAGGCUCCAGGCCUGGGUCUGGAUCAAGGUCUGACAGCCAAGGGAGAAGCAGCCAGUUCAGUCAUUCAACCAAGAAUGGCAACAAAGACAACUCCCUGGACAUGUUGGGGACAGAUAUCUGGGCAGCCAAUACCUUCGAUUCCUUCAGUGGUGCAACCUGGGAUUUACAGCCUGAAAAGCUGGACUUCACACAGAUUCACAGGAAGCUCCGGAACACCCCCAAACACCCGCUCCCGCACAUAGACAGAGAAGGGCUCGGAAAAGGGAAGCACGAGGAUGGAGACGGAAUCAACCUGAAUGACAUAGAGAAAGUCCUUCCCGUCUGGCAGGGUUAUCAUCCAUUGCCACAUGAGGCUGAAAUUGCACACACCAAAAAACUAUUCAGAAGAAGGAGAAACGACCGGAGGAGACAACAGAGGCCUCCUGGAGGAAACAAAUCACAGCAGCAGCACACGGAUCAUCAGCAAGGUACUGCCAAACACAACAGGGAACACCAGAAACUCUACCAGGGAGGCCAACCCCCUCACUCCUCAGGGAGGCCAGGUCACCACGGCUACAGCCAAAACCGGCGAUGGCACCACAACCAGAAGCACUCGCCCAACGACAAGGAAACGCACAGAAAUGCCAAAGAGACUGAGAGUUUGAAAAUCGAGGACGCCUCUGUCUGCACAGUGCACAUCCCCCUGGAGAUGUACCGGAGCACGGAGGUCGUGGAGAGACCGUCUCAGCAGUACAUUCAGGAACCAGAACCCAAGCAGAGAGACAGUGUUCAUGAGCGCAUCGGGGAAAGGCCAAAGGUCAAUUUGCUCCAGUCUUCCAAAGACAGACUGCGAAGGAGACUAAAAGAAAAGAUGCCUUGUCUUUCCCUUUUCACGGACCAGGACGAAGUGCCGGUGGAGGCAACCAACCCCCAAAAGAACAAAAUGGACAAAUUAAUUGAAAUCCUCAACAGCAUGAGGAACAACAGCAGUGAUGUGGACUCCAAGCUCACCACCUUCAUGGAGGAGGCCCAGAACUCCACCAACUCUGAGGAGAUGCUGGGCGAGAUCGUCAAGACCAUUUACCAGAAAGCGGUGACGGACCGCAGCUUCGCCUCCACAGCCGCCAAGCUCUGUGACAAAAUGGCGCUCUUCAUGGUGGAGGGGACCAAGUUCCGAAGCCUGCUUCUCAACAUGCUGCAGAAAGAUUUCACAAUGCGGGAGGAGCUGCAGCAGCGCGACGUGGAGCGCUGGCUGGGAUUCAUCACCUUUCUCUGCGAAGUCUUCGGCACCAUGAGGAGCAACGGUGGGGAGCCCUUCCGAGUCCUUGUCUGUCCCAUUUAUACCUGCCUCAGGGAGUUGUUGCAAUCUCAGGAUGUGAAAGAAGAUGCUGUCCUUUGCUGUUCCAUGGAGCUGCAAAGCACAGGCCGGCUGCUGGAGGACCAGUUGCCUGAGAUGAUGACAGAGCUGCUGGCAAUAGCACGUGACAAGAUGUUGUGCCCCUCGGAGUCCAUGCUGACACGGUCCCUCCUCCUUGAGGUCAUUGAGCUGCAUGCCAACAACUGGAACCCCCUGACGCCCACCAUCACACAAUACUACAACAAGACAAUCCAGAAACUGACAGCCUGAGAACGUGGGGCGGUGGGGAUGGAAAGGAGCAGGAAGAAGACAUGCACCUUAAAAGGAAACAGGAAGGAACUGUGCUACAAAUUGAUCAGCUACUGGAGAGAGAAGCGAGAACCUUUAUGAGAAAAUACCUAAGAAGACAAACCCCAGCAUGCUUAAGAAUAUGUUCAUGAGGUUGGGGGGCAGGGGAGCAUGUUUCUUUUCAGCUGUGUUGCGGAGCACCACUCCUCUUUCCUGCUGAGUUUUUGUUUCAGGUUUCUUCUAUUAAAUCAUUGCUCAUGCAGCCGCGCAUCCCGCCGUGUUAUUGUUUGGCUUUAGAAAGAACACGGAGAAUUUGAAAAGCAAGUGGAAGUGCAGGCUAGCAUUGUUUUCACGCCAUUCUCUUGGCUUGCACCAGCCAACUGGCAGGAGACAACACACAGCAGAUGUCUUGGGAGGACAAAGAAAGACACGUUCCACACCAGACGCCGGUAAUUGACGGCUUUUGUCAAAGCGAAGCUUUCAUUAUUUUUUCCCCCUCCCCUUGUCUUCAACUUUUUAUUCUCCCCCCCCCACCUCCACCCCUCCGCAAAAUCCCCACCAACACCUGAUUCUAGCUUAGGAUUUCACACAAGAUGAUUUAUUUAUUUGCACUGGGUUUUCUUUUUUCUUUGUUGUUGUUUUAUUAGGUUUUUUUAAACGGACAUUUGCUAUCAACUUUGAAACAUGAAAAUAACGUUAUAAUGUGAGCUCUUGAAUGGUUGGCACAAGGGUGUUAAAUUGGAAGAAGAAGUUAAAAAAAUCCAAAAGCCACUUUAGAAGUAUCAUAGCCACAGUCUUCUUGCCAGUAACCUGUCAAGGUAAUUGAAAAAAUGUACACUCUGAGCUGGUAAUUCUAAGAAACACAGGCAUUCUGCAGCUGUUUGCUGCUAAAGACGCAGUAUUCCUCAUCCACUAAACUAUAAUCCAUUUAUUUUUUGUAACUUACUUUGUUUGUUUGUUUAAAGAGUGCUUUAUUGUAAUUACUGUCACAGUUGUAAUUAUACAUUUAAACCAGGUCCCUUAUGCUUGAUCCUAAUAAUAGACAGGGUGAGGGAAAAAUUAAGACUUGAAGUUCUUCUUUGGAAACUGGUAAAUAGAAGGUGACAAGUAUAUGGCAUUGGAAAGGAAAAAAGAAAAGCCGAAAAUAUAGGUUUCAGGUUUGGCUUCUAAUUAGCUAAACUUUCCUAACCAGUGUCUCUCGGUUUGCAUUGCAUAGACGUGGAACUCAGAAGGAGGCUGUCCCCGUCUUUUGCUUUGUCAGAAGCAUAGUCUGUUUAGUCGGUGUAACUAAUACAGCCUCUGAUAUGGAGGAGGGUCAGAGCGGGUUGUUUCAUUCCACUAAAUGAAGUGUAAAGAGGAGAGCAAUGUGAAUGGCUAGAGAUGGAGUAGAGGUAGUACGAGAAGGAAGCCACAGUGCACCUCACUGGCCUUACCUGUGUAACCCACUGGUGAGUGUGUGUUACAAUUCCCAUUCUGUGUCCAGUUCACAGAGGAUAUGAGUCUGUUACAGCCCCAGCGAGGGACUUUCAGCUCGAACUGUAACAGCUCAUGCUUUUAGCUCUGGCGAUCUCUGGUUCAACCCCUGGUGGGUCAGACAAGAUGGCAGCUGUCACGCAGUGGAAGCUUGUCUGGAAUUCAAACUGCUGUGGGCCUCAGACACUUAGGAUGAGCUUCCUUGGAUCCAAGGAAGGAUGUAACUCACUGGUGAGCGUGUGUUACAGGUCCCCAACCUCCAUGCCCAAUGCGCAGAGAGAUGAGUCUGUUACAGCCCCAGCUAGAGAGGUUUGAUUCUUUAGAGCAAGCUGUCACAGUUCAUGCUUUUUGAGCUCUGGAGAUGCCCAGUUCAAUCUCCAGUGUGUUGGCAAAGGCGGCAGCCAUCACAUCUACUUAUCCCGCCAUAUUUAACACUAGUGCAGUUUCACUGGUGUUAGAAACAUUGGGAGCCCUUUGUAAAGAGGCUGUUGACAGAAAUUUAAGCACUGUGUUCUCUAGACCUGAUCCAAGCAGGAUUAGGUGAUUCACUUGCUUAAAAACCCUAGCGCUCCGUCUACUCUAGGGUUCUCAACAAUGCUCACACCAGUGAAGCUGACGUGGUGUUGGCAAUGUUGAGAAGUGUUUGCAGAAUGCCCCUAGGGCAGAUCAGUCUAGCAUGAGAAGUGAAGCCAGUGACUUGACUUCAUUAGGGAAGAAGGUGAGCUGUUAAGUGUGCGACGUGCUUUUAGACUGAGAGGGAUCCGUGUCAGUCGUAAAACAAGUAUUAGUUUUGAAGCACAUGCAAGUUUGGCAGAGAAACCGCAGCUUCGAAGCAUAUGGUACAUUUAUUUUUUAAAGUAUCUAUUCUGUAGUAAGUCUGUAAUUCCUAAGAAGAGCAGAGCUGCCCACCAAACCCUUCCUUAGGGGCCAGUCCCACAGGACGGCAUGGCUUUAAUUCCCAAUGAUGCCAGCGGGAUUUGUGGGUGCUCAUCAACUUGCAGGCUUAGGGCUUUAAUAUAUAAUAUAAGGCAAGAGAUUUGUGAGAGAUCGACGUAAACACAAUAUUUACCAU